GUGUUUCUCCUGGGUUCCCUGAGGCAGUGGGUGGCCUCUGUCUCCUCCAACCUGGGGUCUCUGUGUCUCUAAGAUUCCCUAAAACUCUGAUCUAUUUCCCCUUCCCUUCCGCCCCCUUUUCUGGCCAUCCUUCUCUCUCUGGGACUCUUCUCCUCCACUUCUCUUGCGUUUCUGUGCCCCCUCUCUCCAAGUCCCUGUCACUUGUUGCCUGGGUCUCUUUCUCAUUCUAUCCAACCAUCCACACACCUGCAGGCCCUCCAUUGGCUGGGUUCAGGAUGGGCGGGUCCUGUCACCUGGGGCAACAGGACAACAAGCCUGCUCCUGCUGGGCUACCCCACAGGGGUGGGACCAUGGCUGGUCCGACCCUGGCUGUGCGCUAUGGUCUGCCAAGGUCCCCAAUCUCUGGGACCGAGGUGCCUGGAUCCUGGCCCAACUGGCAUCUCACCAGCAGUGGUGUCGCCCACCACAUUAUCCCAUCUGUCCCCUUUCCUCCGCCCACUGUGCAGUCCACGGUCGCGGAGCCCCUGCCCCCGGCCGCAAAGCAGGAUUUACACAUCUGGGAUUUUGACGAGGUCAUCAGCAGAUGGGAGACCACCUAUGGCUCGGCUUCCGUGCCCAAGACCCACGGCGGGCCCUACGCACAGCCCAGGGCCCCAGAGCCUUCGGACCCCACGCGGACUGUGGGCAUCAAGGAUUUAGGAGAAGAGCUCAGACGCCGCGGCUGGCGCCUCCCGCUGGUCACAGAGCACCAGCGCAGUGAGACGAGGGCUCAGUACACCGGCCGGCCGGGCCCGGACCGGAGCCCCACCUUCUACGUCGGGCCCCAGCCCCUGGAGCUUGCGGACCACCACCGCGGAGGCCCUUCCCAGGCUUUAAUCCCUUGGACAAAGAACCCCGAGCUGUCCGGCCAGCCUUUCACGGCAUCUGACCAGGGCGUCCUGGGCCGCCAUCAGCUCUAUCUGACCACCUCGGCCAAGGACUUCCGGGCCUAUCCGAAGAAGGAGUUGUCUGGAUAUCCCCGCGAGGACUCGCUGACCUGCUGGAGCUUUCAGAAGACGCCUCAGGUCUUGGGACGGGACCCACAGCGGCCGCCCCGUCCGCGCUCCUCUCGGCCGCCAGGGAUCCGCGUGCCCCACGUCCGCCCGGCGACGCUAGCCGUGCCGCACCGUGGGGCGUUGUCUCUGGCUCAGGAGUCCUACAGACCCCCGCUGCACCCGCUCCUCCGGCUCGAUCGUUUCUGCCCUCUGGAGCUGCCCUGGGGCGGCCCCCACUGGAAGCCGGUGUCGGGCAUCUACAGUGUGCCACAAGCCUACCGCACUGAGAACUCCAGCUACGGCAGCAUGAAGCGGACCCCGAUCUGAGCCGGCAGCGCCGGCCCCGCCCAGAACACGCCCCGGGGGCGGAGCCGAGUCUGGAAGACCCCGGCUGGGGGGCACACUGGGCGGGGCUAUGGUCGGGAAGCCCGCCCGUCACGUGGGAGGGAGACGGAGGCCAGGACCCGCCCACUAGGCGUGAGCCGGACGAAUCCCACCGGAGACUGACUAGGGUGACCGGGUCGGGGAUGAGGAUGGAUGCUGAGCCUGGAAAAUAUACUUUGGGGCUGUGGGCUCGAGGGCGGGACACGCCCUCUACGACAGAGCGGGCGAGUUUACCUUAGUCAACGACAGAGUUAAAAUAGCCUUAACCGUG